AUGACUCAAAACAGGAAAGAUGACUUGUUUAAGGUGUUAUAAUUGAUUGAAGAUAUAGAUGAUAAGAUCUACAUAAUAAUUGAAAUGCUCUUAAAGGAUGGAGAUUCAGAUUCUGUCAAAUAUAUUUCCAAUAUUGAAAAUCAACUUAGUUACAAAAAUACAUUGUUUUAUGCGACAAUUUAUAGCCUUUUGAUUAGCAUUGGAAAUUAGACGCUGCUAAAAGCAAUCUUAAGAAAAUUACAAAUGUUCUCAAAAUAAUAGAAGAUCAUGAAUUUAAUAAACAGAAUUACUCGAUCGAUGAUUAUGAAGAAUUUAAAAAGGAUCUAAUCACAAAAAUAUCAUUGAAUAAGAAGAUAAUAGAAUUCCUAAAAUUUUUAGUUCAUCUGAGUGCUUUAGAUGAGACAUAUAUUUAGCGCGGAUCGAAUUCUCUUAAUUUGCUAGUUUAAAUGAAAGUGGAUUUGAGGGAAUAAAGUUUUGAGAAUAUCAGGAUAAGAAAUACCUCUUUAGUUGGUGGAAAUUUUGUAAGAUGCAUAUUCAAUGGAACAAAAUUUGACAAUGUAGAUAUUAGUGGAAUUAAUUUGAAUUAAGCGUAAAUGUUGAAUUGUAACUGGAAAAAUAUCAAAAUACAUGAGUUAAAUAAAUUAGAUGGUCAUUUUGGAAGAGUUAAAUAGGUAUACUUUUCUACAGAUGGUAAAUUAUUAGCUUCUUGUAGUGCUGAUAAUUCGAUUAUAUUGUGGGAUGUUAAAACAGGAAAAAUCAAAUCUAGAAUCAAGGUAAAUGGAGGAGUAAAUACAGUAUGCUUCUCAUAAAAUAAUAGUACUUUAGCUUUCAGCAGUGGAAGAUUUGUAUACUUAUGGAAUCUUAAAACAGGAAAAUAAAAAGCCAAAUUAGAUGGUCAUUCAAAUACAGUUAAUUCAAUUUGUUACUCUCCUGAUGGUACUACAUUAGCAUCUGGUAGUGCAGAUAACUCUAUCCGUUUAUGGGAUGUUAAGACAGGAUAAUAAAAAGCCAAAUUAGAUGGUCACUCAAAUACAGUUAAUUCAAUUUGUUACUCUCCUGAUGGUACUACAUUAGCAUCUGGUAGUGCAGAUAACUCUAUCCGUUUAUGGGAUGUUAAGACAGGAUAAUAAAAAGCCAAAUUAGAUGGUCAUUCAAAUGCAGUUAAUUCAAUUUGUUACUCUCCUGAUGGUACUACAUUAGCAUCUGGUAGUGAAGAUAACUCUAUCCGUUUAUGGGAUGUUAAGACAGGAUAAUAAAAAGCCAAAUUAGAUGGUCAUUCUAAUACAGUUAAUUCAAUUUGUUACUCUCCUGAUGGUACUACAUUAGCAUCUGGUAGUGCAGAUAACUCUAUCCGUUUAUGGGAUGUUAAGACAGGAUAAUAAAAAGCCAAAUUAGAUGGUCAUUCUAAUACAGUUAAUUCAAUUUGUUACUCUCCUGAUGGUACUACAUUAGCAUCUGGUAGUGCAGAUAACUCUAUCCGUUUAUGGGAUGUUAAGACAGGAUAAUAAAAAGCCAAAUUAGAUGGUCAUUCUAAUACAGUUAAUUCAAUUUGUUACUCUCCUGAUGGUACUACAUUAGCAUCUGGUAGUGCAGAUAACUCUAUCCGUUUAUGGGAUGUUAAGACAGGAUAAUAAAAAGCCAAAUUAGAUGGUCAUUCUAAUACAGUUAAUUCAAUUUGUUACUCUCCUGAUGGUACUACAUUAGCAUCUGGUAGUGCAGAUAACUCUAUCCGUUUAUGGGAUGUUAAGACAGGAUAAUAAAAAGCCAAAUUAGAUGGUCAUUCUAAUACAGUUAAUUCAAUUUGUUACUCUCCUGAUGGUACUACAUUAGCAUCUGGUAGUGCAGAUAACUCUAUCCGUUUAUGGGAUGUUAAGACAGGAUAAUAAAAAGCCAAAUUAGAUGGUCAUUCAAAUACAGUUAAUUCAAUUUGUUACUCUCCUGAUGGUACUACAUUAGCAUCUGGUAGUGCAGAUAACUCUAUCCGUUUAUGGGAUGUUAAGACAGGAUAAUAAAAAGCCAAAUUAGAUGGUCAUUCAAAUACAGUUAAUUCAAUUUGUUACUCUCCUGAUGGUACUACAUUAGCAUCUGGUAGUGCAGAUAACUCUAUCCGUUUAUGGGAUGUUAAGACAGGAUAAUAAAAAGCCAAAUUAGAUGGUCAUUCAAAUACAGUUAAUUCAAUUUGUUACUCUCCUGAUGGUACUACAUUAGCAUCUGGUAGUGCAGAUAACUCUAUCCGUUUAUGGGAUGUUAAGACAGGAUAAUAAAAAGCCAAAUUAGAUGGUCAUUCAAAUACAGUUAAUUCAAUUUGUUACUCUCCUGAUGGUACUACAUUAGCAUCUGGUAGUGCAGAUAACUCUAUCCGUUUAUGGGAUGUUAAGACAGGAUAAUAAAAAGCCAAAUUAGAUGGUCAUUCAAAUACAGUUAAUUCAAUUUGUUACUCUCCUGAUGGUACUACAUUAGCAUCUGGUAGUGCAGAUAACUCUAUCCGUUUAUGGGAUGUUAAGACAGGAUAAUAAAAAGCCAAAUUAGAUGGUCAUUCAUCAACAGUUAAUUCAAUUUGUUACUCUCCUGAUGGUACUACAUUAGCAUCUGGUAGUUGA